GCACUCGACGAUCCGAACCGACCAGCUGAUCCCGACCAUCCGUCAAACCAGGCACGAAAACGGUAUGCAGACAUUCGUGGGUACGACUCCUUCGAGGCCAUGCUCGCGUCAUCAGGCGCGGAGGGAGCGGUGCCUACCAAGGUACCGUCUUCCGCCUCGGCGUCUGACUCGGAUUCGAUUCCGGAUGUAGACAUGUACGACUUUGGCGACAAUCCCCCGCUCGUCGAUGAUUCGGACGACGAAGACUACGUGGAAGGAACAGGCGAUAAGGACAAGGAGUUGGACGAAGAAAUGGUGGACGUAGAACCCCAGCCCCUCAGGCGGAGCACUCAAGAGGUGCGCCCUACUUUGCGGCUGGGCGAAAACGGCUGGCCAUCGGGCAGAUUGGGAGGUGCUGCCGGAACACGGCUAUCUGCUCGGAAGGACAUGCCGACAGCAACCGCCAGCGAGGAUGUGACAAUGGAUGAUGCCAGUCAGGCAACUUCGUCAAAGAGUUAUGUCACUGGCGACGAAACACCCAAUACGACGGGUGUUAACGGUGGUUUGCCCAGCUUGGCACUUGGGACCCCUGCUAGUUCGAUCAGCGAGAAUGCUGUCAGGGUAGGUCUUUCCGAAUCGGCUACUGGAACCAAUGACGGCGCUUCUAAGAGUGUGGCGUCUCCGGAUUCAAUGCGGGAUCCGGGUGGGCGUGCCGCGAUUUCGGAACCUUCAACAAGGGGCAACUCGUCUCAGAGGCUCAACGAACAGGAGAGCGCAAAGACGGACAGUCGGAAGGAUUUGCAGCAUGGGGAGAACGGGUCUCGGUUGGGUCAUACAGCUAUGGCCAACCUCGCCCAGAGCGCCGUGACGGCUGCGUCUAAGUCGCCAAGCUUGAGCGUGGAAGCCCCUCAGAUAAGCCCUGCGUUACAGGUUGCCGACCUACUCAAUGACGCUACGACCCCUGAGAAAGCCAUUGAGCAGCCGUUAGCAUCCACUCGGGAUAAGCCCGCCGAGGCUCGCCGACCUCUGCCGUUGGGACCCAUGCCAGAUUCUCGCUCGUCUGGCGUGGCAGUAAUUCAACCAACGACUCGGAAGCAUCCUCUGCCACAUAAACCAACCCUUGGGCCAAUCAGCAGUCAGAGGGAGGGUGUAAGUCAGCAGCCGUCG